GACGUGAGCUGGGCCAGGCGGGCGGGAGGAGUUGGGACCCGCUCUGAGAGGCGGGGGAGAGCGCACCGAGAGGUAGAAGCGCGGAGGGAGGCUGAGGAGCGGCGCGGGCGGCUCUGCAGCGGGCGGGCGCGGUGGGCGCGGGCGGCAGGGGGCCCGGGAUCCCCGCGCGCCUCCUGGGCGCGGCGCCGCCGCCGCGCGUCCCCACGCCCCGCGCUCCACAGUCCCCGAGCCCCGCGCACCUUUCAGACCCGCCUCUCGCCAACCCCAGGACCCACGGCCGUCUGCGGAGCGAGCGCUCAGACGGAGACCCCGGAUAACUUAAGCUGACAGGCCACCGAGUGCCCCCUACCUUUCCUGGCAGAGCCCCCGGGCCCCGCGGCGGAGGGUACCAGCCACCGGCUGCAUCGCCACCGGCCGCACCCGCUAACUGCGCCGCCCCCUCGGCGAGGCGCUCAGUCCUGAGGCAAGAGCCAGAGCCCAGCCGAAAGCACUCACCCAGCGCAGCACGAUCCGGCCUCUCUCCUCGCGGCCCGGAGGGCGAAGCCCGGGCUCCGAGACUCUCGCGGAGCUACUGCUGCGCCAGAGCGCGCCCCUCUCGGGUGGGCGGCGGACACCCCUUCCUUCUACCCUUCUCUACUGGAUCGCCCCCGGAGGGGCCAACGAGCCCCGCGCCGGGGCCGAAGGAUGUGUGCCCCAGCGGGCCGCCCCGCCUAAGCCAUGCGCCCCAACGGAGGCGGCGCACCGGCCGGCAUGGAGCUCCGCGAGGCCGCGCUCUGACUCGCCCUGCGCCCCGCGGCCAGCGGCCGGCGGGCGGCGGGCGGCGGGCAGCGGGCGGCGGACGGCGGCGGACCGAGAGACCUAGACCCGCGCGGCGGGACGGAAGCGAGCCGGCCCGGCGACGCAUAGAUGGCCGGGGCGAGCCAGGUCUGAGGCUUCGCUCCCCGAAACGUGAUCAUGUGGAUUCAACAGCUUUUAGGACUAAGUUCCAUGUCCAUCCACUGGCCGGCCUGCUCCCUUGGAAGCCAUGCUUGGAUACUGAUAGCUAUGUUUCAGCUCGCUCUGGAUCUGCCCUCCUGUGAAUCCCUGAGCCCUGGACCAGAUUUCCGGCUCCUGCCACGACCGCCCAGCCGGCCACCCCGCCUGUGGAGUUUUAAGAGUGGACAACCCGCCCGGGUCCCCACCCCUGUGUGGAGCCCCCGGCCACCCCGCAGUCACGGGCAAAUGCAGAGCCCUCGGGCCAAACGAGCACACAGACCCCGGGACCAGGUGGCCGCCCUGGUGCCCAAAGGAGGGCUGGGCAAGCCCCCAGCUACAGCCAAAUCUAGUCCCUCUCUGGGGUCCUCCUCGGUAUCCCCAUCUGCCACGGCAGGCAGUGGGGCCCCCACGGACCAGCAGGCACUCCUGAGAAGGGGCAGAAGGCACCUGCAGGGUGCCAGUUUCAACAACUUUGACUUCCAGUUCCAGGGCAGCAGGCCCACCACGGAGACUGAGUUCAUUGCCUGGGGACCCACGGGUGAGGAGGAGGCCCCAGAGGCAAACACAUUUCCAGGCCUCUAUGGCCCCACCACGGUCUCCAUCUUUCAGACCCAGAAAACAACCGUGGCUGCCACCACCACCACAACCACCACAGUCACCCUGGCCACUUCUACGACACUGCAGACUAAGGGGGCUACCGAGCCCCUGGACUCUGGGAGUAGGUUCCCUUUUGGGGUUAGCAUAACAGAGCCUUCCACCAGUCCUGGCAAAGACAAGCCCCCAAGGAUUCUGGGGGAGACCUCAGGUUUGGCUGUCCAUCAGAUCAUCACCAUCACCGUCUCUCUCAUCAUGGUGAUAGCUGCUCUGAUUACAACUCUUGUCUUAAAAAGCUGCUGUGCCCAAAGCGGGAACACACGUCGCAACAGCCACCAGCGGAAGAUCAACCAGCAGGAAGAGAGCUGCCAGAACCUGACAGACUUCACCCCUGCCCGGGUGCCCAGCAGUCUGGACAUUUUCACGGCCUAUAAUGAGACCCUGCAGUGCUCCCAUGAGUGUGUGCGGGCAUCGGUGCCCGUGUAUACGGAUGAGACGCUGCACUCCACGGGGGAGUACAAAUCCACCUUUAACGGGAACAGGCCUACUUCUUCUGAUCGGCAUCUUAUUCCCGUGGCCUUUGUAUCUGAGAAAUGGUUUGAAAUCUCCUGCUGACUGGCUGAAGUCUUUUUUACCUCCUGGGGGUAGGGCAGACGCCAUGUGUCUAUUUUAUGGAUUCCGUUGGUGAACCUGUAAAAAAAUUAAAUUUAAAAACCCACAAAACCUAAAACUAAA